UUUCUAUAUAUUUCGUAGUGUUCUCCUCAAUUAAUUCAUCGAUUGUCUUAUUUGAUAGGAACUUUGUUCUGAAAUGUUGAUAAAUUCGUUUGGCUUUUUCCGGUUUUGGCAAUCAGCUGGUAGAUCGAAUCGUUUUGCUAGCCGUGAAUUUCUUAGUUUAUAAAUUCAAGUUUAAAGUGCAACUAACACGAGUUUAAAAAAGUUAAAUAAACUAUGCACUAAAAAAAUUGUGCUUUGUAAAAAAUCACAGCGUUCGAACAAAUGAAAGAGCUUUCUUUCAAGCUGCUUUACUUAACACCUGUCUGCGUCCGGCGUGUGACCACAAGCAACAUUUCGCAAAUAUACUUUUUCCACCAAUGAAUUAUACCAAAAUACGGCAAUUGCAGAUAUACCAAAACUGUUAACAGUGAGGUUAGCAGUGCCAUCGAUAUCGAUAAGUUACACGGCAUAGCAAGCUUAUAAAAAUUGCCGCUAGAGGGCGGCUUUGAGCAAAUUGUCAAAGUGUCGUUAAAAUUCAAAAUUCAACAAUCCAUUUUUUCGAUAAUCAACUAUGUCAAAGAUUGGUCGUCGUCUAUACCGUCUGCAGGCAGACAAGACAUUGUUUUUGUUGUGUGAUAUACAGGAAAAAUUCAAGCCAGCAAUUCCACUGUUAGGCGCUGUCAUUGAAAACUCUAAGAAAUUGGUCGAAGCUGGAAAAGUAUUCAAUAUUCCGCUGCUGGUUACAGAGCAAUAUCCAGAGAAACUGGGACCCACUGUGUGCGAAAUAGACAUAAAACAUGCUUGUGGUGUUGUUCCAAAAACUAAAUUCAGCAUGGUUAUUCCACCAGUUGAGGAAAAGAUGAAAAGUAUUUUUGGGGGAACACCACAAACUGCGGUGCUGUUUGGCAUAGAGACUCAUGUUUGCAUAGAGCAAACCGCUUUCGAUUUGCUGAAUAAGAAGAUCAACGUUUGGCUUGUCGCCGACUGUUGCGCUUCGCGUCUCAAUCAAGACAGAGAUUUGGCCCUCGAGCGAUUGCGAGACAUUGGCUGCACCAUCACCAGCACGGAGAGUGUUAUUUUUAACCUGCUGAGCGACAAGAACCACAAGUCAUUCAAGGACAUCGCAGGGCUGGUCAAGAAAGUGUCAGCCGACUUGAAGAUUUGGCUACCCACAACAACAUCGACAGCAGCUGCCAAUAAAAAAUGAUGGCAAUGAUGGCGGCGCCCCCUUUUGAUGUCCAUUUGCCCAUUAAGGGGUAGUAUUUUUGUGUAGCUCAUAGAAAUUAUGAAAGAAGUAAACGAAACGAGAAGAAACACACUUGUAUAGUCGUAUAGUAGGGCUCGGCCCGCCUGGCUAACAGUUGGUGGCUUUCUUGCCAUCGUAUCGUCAUCUCAUAAACAUUUUGGCCAAUGGACAGCUGAAUGGAGCUUUACCACAGCGGCGCCUUAUAAGCCAGGCAGCUGGCUAGAUGGCCAGAUGGGUCGAUGGGGGCUAAGCGCAGCAACUAUUGACGCCAAAUGCCUGUUUGCCUGGCAAUUUAUGCAAAAAAGUCUGACGCUGUGCUGCUGCUUCUGCUGUUGCUGCUGCUGGGAGCAGUUAAAUUUCAUGAUGCAAUCGCAACAAUCUCUGCGUGUUGUUUGCCUACGCGCCCGCGGCUGCUCAGCGCCUCGACUCAGCAACAGCAGUAGCCUAGGUGACGGUGACAAUGUACCAGGCGUCGUCUGAUUGACUCAUAACAGACUAAGCGAGAUCACAAUCUCAUCUGCAUGCCACGCCGCUGCAACUUGCAACUUGCAUCCCCUCGAGCGCUUUUGACAAUUUAUUUGACUAAGCCCUGCCAGCUUUGUGCUUAGCAAGUGAAACUGAUGGCUAUGACAACGUAGCACGCGAACUUCAGCUAAAGAUCUGGCCAAUUAUGCGGCAGGCUCGCUUAGCUUAUCCCAAGUCCAAGUCUCAAGUUGAAGCCUUUUGAGCUAAGACUUCACC